UCACAGAUGUAGGUGGAGCGAAGGAGGUGAACGGACGACUCUGUCAAGAAGUUUUCAGACUCUCCGACUUUCUUAGCUUAGCUUAAAAAAAUAACACACGAACUAGAGAGAAACAGGGGAGAAGAGAAGAGUGAGCCAGACUCGCACACCACCAUGGACGGUGUGUAUGGAUGGGGCAUGGCUCCAAUCAACCCAGUCCAAACAGCGAGCCCCUUCAUAGAGAUAAUCGAGCAGCCGAAACAGAGGGGAAUGAGGUUUAGAUAUAAGUGUGAGGGACGUUCAGCUGGCAGUAUCCCCGGAGAGAAGAGCAACGACACCACUAAAACCCACCCGGCCAUCAAGGUGCACAACUACAACGGCCCGCUGCGCGUUCGCAUCUCGCUGGUGACGAAGAAUGCGCCGUACAAGCCUCACCCCCACGAGCUGGUCGGGAAGGACUGCAGACACGGAUACUACGAGGCCGACCUGCUGGAGAGACGAAUACACAGUUUUCAGAACCUGGGUAUUCAGUGCGUGAAGAAGAAGGAUGUGAACGAGGCCAUCACUUGCAGACUGCAGACUAAUAAUAAUCCCUUCAACAUCCCCGAGCCGAAGGUGUGGGAGGAGGAGUUUGACCUGAAUUCAGUCCGGCUUUGCUUCCAGGCCUCGAUCACUCUGCCUACGGGGGAGCUGUUCCCUCUGGAGCCCGUCGUAUCGCAGCCCAUCUAUGACAACAGGGCUCCAAACACAGCUGAGUUGAAGAUCUGCAGAGUCAACCGCAACUCUGGAAGCUGCAAAGGAGGGGAUGAAAUCUUCCUGCUGUGCGACAAAGUGCAAAAAGAGGAUAUCGAGGUGCGAUUCUUCCAGGACUCCUGGGAGGGGAAGGGCACUUUCUCCCAAGCUGACGUCCACAGGCAGGUGGCCAUUGUGUUCCGGACGCCUCCCUACCGCGACACUAACCUCAGUGAGCCCAUAAGAGUCAAAAUGCAGCUCCGGCGGCCCUCGGACCGAGAGGUCAGCGAGCCAAUGGAUUUCCAGUACCUGCCAGCCGACCCAGAUGAAUACAGGCUGAGUGAAAAGAGAAAGCGCACAGGAGACAUGUUCCAGAAGCUGGGGCCCAUGUUAUCCACUGUGUCCAUCCCACAAGACAGACGGCACAUAAGCCCGGCGAGGAGAAUACCCCCUGCCAAGCUUCCAGCAAUGAACGCCCAAGCUGCAGCUGUAGUGCCCCCUGGUGCCAGCGGGGCGAAACCCCAGCCCUCCUACUCGUACAAUCAGCCAGGCCAGCUCUUCUCAGUGCAGCCCAAAGUUGAGGUCUCCUCUUCCAUCUCAGCCGCAACCACCAGCCAAACAUGGAAGAUCAUGGAGAGUCUGAACCUCGGCUCCCAGCCCAAAGCCACUCCAGUUUCCAACUUUACAAUGAGCCCAGCAGCAGCAGCAGCGGCUCCAUCCUCCUCCUCUACCACCACCCCCUCUGCAAACCAGGACUACUCCACGGUCAACCUCUCAGACCUUCAUGAGUUCUUCCCCAUGUCCUCCGGCAUCCCCCAGGAGCCGGCAGCCUCCCAAGGAAAUGCAGCCUCCUCACAGACAAGCAGCUCCUUCACCCUCCAGGGCUCUCAGUUCCGGGUGGAAGCCCCGCUUGUGGACGAGGACAUCCCAGAGUUCCCCAGCUUUUCCGAAGCCCAGGUCCCAAGCGUGCUGGAGAGCUUGAACAUGGAUGACUUUGUGGAACUUCUGAACCCCCGCCUCAUGAGCGAGGCUGGGGACGGUACCGCUAUGCUGGGCCAGAUUUCAAGCCAAUCAGCUGUCCCUCCCAGCUCCUCUGCUGCCGCCCAGAGCAGCGCUGCCUCCCAGAACACUUCUGACCCUGCCGGCAACCCAGGCAGCCCCUGGAUGAAUUACCCCAACAGCAUCGUCCACCUGCUACAGAACGAGGGCAUGAUCGGCAUCCCGCCCAGCAACAACAACCACCAGCCUGCGGUUCUUGACGAGUUCGACGAGCUCAUGUCCGCCGACGAAGACCGUCUUAUUUCCAUUUUGAACAGCGGAAGCCAAGUUGGUUUUGUGUCUGGACACCCAACUUAAGGGGUUGUACAGUUUUUUUUUUUAAAGACUUUUUUUUUUUUUUUAUAAAGACCACUUAUAUUUACUCCUUUAGCCUCCUUUGUUGUUAAUAGAGACACAAAAGGACGGUGGACAUGAAGAGCUGGAGGAGACAGAAUGUAGCAGGACAGCUCAUACAAGCAGAGACUUUUUCUGGUCAUGGAUUUGUUAAAACACAGGGCAUGGGGCGGGGUACAUAAUCAUAUCCCAUCGAUUAAUCCCAUGUUUAACAUCAGUCAGUGAGUUUUUCAGCGAUGGUGGAAGAUGAUCCACCGGCAAAUGUUUGUUUUAAAAAGACAAUCAGACCAGGGGGCGUACAGUGAAGUAAGAUGAAUGGGUUAGCGAGGUAAGGCAAAGCUGUUCUGGAGGUUGUUCAGAAUUUGGGAUUUAAAUCAGCUAUAUCCUCGCUCCCUGUUGGGCCGUGUGUUAUUAACACCACUGAACAAAGCCGUGCAGUUUACAGCAGGCAAGCUGUAUGCAUUGUGUUGCCACGGGAACCUACAUACAUUCAGUUGACGAUGUAGAAACUGCACAAAAAUGCUUGGCCCAAGUUUUACACAGCUGGCAUUACAGCGAACGCAGCUCAGAUUACAAAACCGCAAAGUCGGUUGACUUUCAUCACCGAAAACAUUCAAUCAAUAACUUUUUUUUCACUGUUUAUCCUUCAUUAUAGGACAGCAUUGGACCUAAAUGCACUUCUGGAGUAUCAUGUUUAACCCUUUAACACCCAAGGGUCAUAUAGGCCACCUGGAUUUUUUAAUUUGGGCUGUAAAAGAGUCAGAAAUCAUACUAUGAGUGAUUGCUUUUACCCUUUUUUCCCCCAGAACAACCUAAGUUUUCAAUAUCUGUCAAUAUCUGACAUAAACUAUGAGUUUAGACGAUGUAACAAUAGUUUAAAGUGGAAAAAAACAAAAAACUGACUUGGAUUUUUUUUUAGAGUUAAUGUGCAGCUGGUUUGUUAGAAAAAACUCUUCAAACAUGGUCCACAAAUUUCUAUAUUCAUCGUAGCUCUCCAUUAUAACAAACCGUUCCUCUUGACUGAAGUAAGCUGGUCCAUUUUGUGCAGAAGUGUCACAUGAAGCUUGAUUAAAAAAAACAAACAAACAAAAAAAAAACACCCGGUUAGUUAAGAAAAUGUACAACCAGUGUCAAGAUUUUGGUUCUGUUGGCGUCCAUUAGAGCUGCAGUUGUCGAUUAUUUUGGUAAUCGAGUAUUCUAUCGAUUAUUCUGGCGAGUAAUCGGAUUCCGCACUAGGCAUGUCCCGUUACAGCAUCAAAAGUGGAAGUGAGCGUGCUGUGCAACAGAAAUAACCGACCCACUCUACUUCCCAUUGGCUAGUGAUAUUAGUUUGGUUGAGCGCAUUCCAUUGGUAGAUGAACUCGAUUGGCAAUGUGGGCCUAGCUUUUUUUUUUUUUUUUUGAGCCAAACGUCGGCGCUGCAUGCCGGAACUCCAGCGCGGUGUGAUAAAAAGCCAACAUAAAGUAUCUUAGUAAGGUUUUGUGCCACCAAAACAGCGUCAAUGCAGCUUAGCGACGGUUCUCCAAGUGUCCAGAACUCUACCGGAGACAUGGAACACCAUUCUACCAAUUGAUUUUCAUUCACUGGGUGUUUUGAUGAUGGUCGUGGAGAGUUCAAAAUCUUCCAAAGGUGUUCAAUUAGGUUGAGAUCUCGCGGAUGUGGAAACUGUAGCAUCGUCAUCAAACCAUUCAGAGACUUCUCGUGACCUAUGGACAGAGGCAUUAUCAUCCCGGACGUGGGUAUAGACAAACGGGACACAAUAAACACAUCAGCUUCCCUGACUGGGAUCUAAAAACAUAUGGUUUGGAUUAAAACCCAAAGCAGAGUGCAUGUCUGGUACUACGUUUUUCCAAACUGGCUCCAUGUUUAUUUAUUUCAAUUAGCAACACAAUACAAACUACGAGUUCACAGCCCAACAGAUAUAUAAACACAGAUACUGAGGAAUGAAAAAAUAUAUGUAUUUUAUAGGAAAAGGUUGAAAGAAAUGACAGCUGUGGAGAAUGAAAGCUUUAAAAAAAAAAUGCUUCUGCAUUUAGGAAGGCAUAUCUCUGCAGUCUGGAGUCAUCAAUCAGUAUUUGUUACGAUUAUUAAUGUGCAGAGUCUGAGAGGAAAAAGAUUUAAGUGAUGUGUGCCUGAAUACUUAUAGAAAACAUACAGUGAAGGUACGUGUCCACUAGAUGCUUUUUUCCCGCCUGUAAACGCGUCACAUCUGAAAAUCGCAUGCAUGGUGGGCGGUCACUAGCGGGUCACUGCCUGGUCACAUGACAGCGCUUGAGCUACAGUCUGGCAGAUGUGUCGGAUAAACAUAGUGGCUCAGCCACAAACUUUGUUUUAUUUCAAAAACACUUCAGGGAAACGUAUUUCUGAAAGCAUUUGAGGCGUGAAAUAAGCUGUGCAGCAGCUGAAUCUGUCCUUGUUUUAGUUCAAUGAGGGCUAGUUUAGAUGACCGUUUAGACCACGGACUGGUUGGACACUCCUGCUGUAAAUAAUAAAAAAGCUGGGCUGGUUAAAAUAGAAGCGUUCCGUCACAUUUAAAGACCUGGUUUGUAUCGAAUGCAGUUUGGGUUUGACAUUUCAAGACCUGAGGUCUAGCAUGUAGUUGAUUAAACGAAGCCUCGAUUCAGAGAAUUUUGCCUCGAAUUUUAGUAAUCCAAUUACUGGAAUAACUCGAGGAAUCGUUUCAGCCCCAGUGUCUUUGUUGAUCUCGCCUCUUUGUACGCCCCUCAGAUGCUCUGAUGAAGGCGUUGGCAUGUAAAGCGUGUUUGAACAAUUAUGGUAGCUGUGGUCGCAGAAAUAUUCACAUUUGGUCUGCAUUUUUACUCUAAACAAAGGUUUUUUUUUAAAUUUCUCAUAAAGAAUGUAAUCAGAUGCAAAUUAUGCUCACGGAUGUUCUUUGGAUUCUAUCAAAUGUUUUAAAUGUUUUCUGAAGGUUGGCAGUGACUGUCAGAAGAACCAAAUGAAGGUCUACGUGUAGAUAACGGUCAAACAGGCAACAUUAUUGAUAAGUACGUGCUUAUUUUUUGUCUGGCAUUAUUGUUUCUCCUGCGGUUUAACUUGACUGUGUCAGACCUGUAGGUCAACUCGUUAUACCCUGUAGUAAAAGAUGCUUUAUUGAGAUGUAAUUAUACCGUUUUUUAUGUGUGAUGUAAUCAGAUUAUAGUAUAAUUAUGCAAUUUUCACUGUAAUGAGUGACUAAUUCUGUUGACAUUCGAAACACUUUUUCUUGGCAAUAAAAACUAUAACAUGUAAA